UAACAAUCAAGAGGAACUGCUAUAUUAAUCAGUUGUUGUUUUUCCCGUUAGUUGUUUUAUAUUGACAUCCGCCUUCUCCGUUUUUGUGGCCACUUGGAUCGAGUGGAAAUCCAUUAAAAUACCUCAUCAACUCACAAAAUCAGUGGUGGCUUCAUUUUCUCUACGGACUAACGGGAAAAUAUUACUAAAUAACUCCCCACCCGGUCGAAUGAUUGACUCUCUCCAGGGAAUCAGAGUUAUUUCGACACUUACGAUAUUGGCGUUCCAUCGGGCAAUAUAUUUCGUUAUUGUUCCGAGUAUUAACCACGCUGAUGUCCCCAGGAAGCUUACUCAUAACGUAUUGGAGCUGCUUGUGUUGAAUGGAACUCUUGCCGUUGAUGUUUUCUUUUUCAUGGGUGGUACUGUGUUGGCCUACGGUUUUAUAAAGGAGAGGAAGGCUCAGUUACCGUUCUCUUUUUUCAAGCAUGUUAUGUAUCGCUAUUUAAGGAUUACUCCGGCAUACUUAUUUGUGAUUUUGGUAUACAUCAUGAUAUUUUACGACCUUGGCUCUGGACCUAUAUGGGAUCUUUUUGUCGGUCCUCAAAGGCAAAAUUGCCUCGAUAACUGGUGGACCAAUAUGUUGUACAUCAACAACUACUGGAAUAACAGCGAAUUCAAAUCUUGUUUGGGGUACACCUGGUAUCUGGGUGCGGAUAUGCAAUUUUAUGUGGUGGCACCUCUGUUCCUGUUCGCUCUUUUAAAAUACCGGAAGUGUGGCAUUUUUCUGAUCGUGAUCACAUGUUUCGCAUCGAGCGCUUAUUCUUUCUGGGUUACCUACAUCAAAGACUAUCCUUGGACUUUCACCAUAGAUUACAAUGUGUUGAAACGCAGUCGCUUCCAAAUGGAACUUUACUUUCCAGCACAUGCAAGACUACCGCCUUUUUUGAUAGGUCUCUUGUUUGGGUAUCUGCUCGACCAUUACAGGAAAGAGAAAAUGAAGAUGCAUUUGUGGUCGAGAGUGAUCGGUUGGAUCACUGCCAUGAUUUUUAUGAUCUCUGUCCCAUAUGGACUGACCUAUUUCUACUGGUAUGGGUCUGGACCAUUGCUCUCUGCUCUUUACGCGGCCUUGCAUAGGCCGUUAUUUGUUCUAUCCGUUGCAUGGAUUAUUUUCAACUGUGAUCAAGGUUAUGCAGGCCCAGUAAACUCGUUUCUGUCACAUCAGUCCUUCCAAGUGCUUAGCAGAUUAACUUUCUGCUUCUAUCUGGUUCAUUGUACUUGCAUGCAUUACGAUAUUGGGACCAAACGCUCUGCCAUAUACUUCUCUUAUUUUAAUAUGUUCCAGGCCGUAGCCUCUGAUGUCAUCAUUUUACUUCCAUGCGCCACCGCUGUGUCACUUAUUUUGGAACAUCCGUUCAUUCACCUCAACAAGCUCAUUUUCAAAAAAAGAUCAGGGAAAGUUGCGCAAUCAGAGCACCCUGUGAAUACCACUAAAAGCGCCUGGGUCAUUACACCGGAGCUGGACCAGACUUCGACACACACCAACAUCUCGACGACAACAUUAGUAAGCUCUGCUUGGACGCUCAGUUAGGCAAAGCGAAUGCCAAGUCGCUGGAUGAGAAAAAUUCAUCCGAUGAUCCGAUGAGAAAGCAGGGAACACUGUCGAUGAUGGACACCUUUACCGACUUGCUUUGAUAGGAACAGCAUAACAACAUUGAGAUUAUAUAGAAGUUACGUGCAUUCUCAAAGUUUUGCUUGAGACUAUCACCCGACGAAAAAGCAACAAACUCCGACGAGGAUAGAAAACUUCAGAGUCAAGCUCGGCAAAAAUCGCGCAUUCUGUCGGGAUUUCAUUGAAUUUACGGGCAUUUCUAUACCAGCUCUUGAACAUAGGCACAAUGUCAUUUUUAAUUCGGAUGACAACUUGCAAAGUGCGUGCGCGUCGCACAGUGGAUCGAGUCAGUAGGAGAGGUCGGACAAAGAUUGGAAACUUUAAACGCUUAUAACUUCGUUGAUACAAAAAUGUGAGGUUCUAUAAGUGGUUCCAUUGGUUUUUUCGUAAAAUUUUUUUCCAGACCUACCCCUUGAAAUUUGAAAUGUGACGAAAUUCACAUCAAAAUUUGCAGUCUCAGUAAAAAAUUUCAUGUCCGACCUCUCCAAUGGACUCGAUCCACUGCACUGCGCGUCGCGUCACUGCGCUUCUAACUCGAAUGCCCUCACUUCUACCGAUAGGAUUCUCGCUGUCAAAAUUUCAAAAAAAGAAAGAAAAGAAAUUAGGUCGGCUCAAUAGGCAUAGGUAAGAUAUAGUUUUUGUUACAACAUGAACCCAAAAAUCAAACCUUUCGGAGCAAUAUGGAUGCAAAGUUGA